CCCCCCCCCGCGCCCAAAGACCUUGAGCCAUGGGCCCCCGCCUGGACCCGGAGCCCUUUCCGGAGCUGGCGCUUCCGGAGUUUUCGCUGACCCUCCGGGAGGUGAGCGGCCGGGAGAUGCAGCUCAGCGUGAGCACCGGCACCACGGUGGCCCAGCUCCUGCAACAGGUGCAGCAGGAGCGGGAUAUCAAGCAGCAUCUGGUGAAGCUGGCGAGAGGUGACAGCUUUUUGGAGCUCCGCGCGGACGCCACGCUGGGCGACCUGGGCAUCGCGGAGCCCACGGAGCUCACGCUGCUGCAGCGGGCGCCCAGGGUCAUCCAGGAGCCUGGGCAGAGCCAGUGGAACAGUGACUACGUCUGCGAGGUCUUGGAGAUCCAGGAGGUGGGCUUCGGGGAGCUGACGCUGGGCUUCAAAGUGCGGGGGGACGGGUCCCAUGGCUCCUUGCAGGAUCCCAGUAGAUCCAG